CAGUCAAUUUUCAACGCAAGCUUACGUGCAAGAACUUGUAAUAUUUCUGGCAAAUUUAACAUCGAGCUCUUCAUUUUUGAGAGCGGAAGAAUCUCACAGAUAUUACAGGGCUGGGAGGACCACCAUUAUCCACCAUUUACCUUCCUUCUGAAUGUCGCAAACGUUUUAACAAUAUGAAUGCACCCCUGUCCUUCAUUGACCUAUCAGAAGAUUAUUAUGGAUUGGAGUAUUGCCAAUGGAAGUAGAUGAUGACGCCGUCUCUAAAAAUACCAAAACUUAUAAAUCGUUUAUAGAACGGCCACCAUCUAACGAAAGCGGAUAUGAUAGAGUUAAAGAUAUAUUUAAAAUUGAUGAAUUUGGAACCAUUUCAGCUGAACUUAAUUCAGUGUAUCAAGCAGGAUUCCUUGGAUUUUUAGUCGGAGCCAUUUACGGCGGCAUAGUACAAUCACGUGCCGCAUAUAUGAAUUUCAUGGAAAAUAAUCAAGCUACAGCAUUUAAAUCACAUCUUGAUGCUAAGAGAAAAUUACAAAACGAAUUCACCGUCAGUUUUGCUAAAGGAGGCUUCAAAUGGGGUUGGCGAGUAGCACUCUUCACAACCUCCUAUUGCGGCAUUGUAACCAUGAUUUCGGUAUACAGAGGGAAAUCUUCUUUGUAUGAGUACUUAACAGCGGGUUUAAUUUCUGGCGCCUUAUAUAAAGUUAACAUGGGCUUAAAAGGCAUGGUAGCCGGCGGUAUUAUUGGUGGUGCACUGGGAAGCUUAGGUGGUGUUGCUUCGUUACUACUUAUGUCCAUGUCUGGUACUACUAUGGAAGAGGUGCGCUAUUGGCAGUACAAAUGGAAAGAAUACCGCGACGAAGCUGUUGUGGAAGCUUAUAAAAUGGCAGAGGAGAAGGAAGAACCGACGCCGGAUCUUGUAAAAGCGCACGAUUCGAAAGUAGGUGAUAAAAUUACUUUAGAAAGUGUUGAAUGAACUCUCCGAUUAAAACCACGGAUUCACUUCAAGGCAUAAUAGUCGAAAGAAAAAUAAAAAGUUUUGCUUUAAUUGCUAGAAUGUCGUUUUACCUAUUUCUUUGAAUCGCCACUAUAACGAAAAUUU